AGGACAGCAAAUCUCUGCUGCUCUGGAGUUCCUCUAUUCUGCUGUGGCACAGAUACCCAGCACAAGCAGCAACCUUCUUAAUCAGUGUGGAUGUUACCAGGCAUUUCCAGACUCUCUACAUGACUGAACAGAAGAACUUAUGGUAGGGCCCUGAAGACCCAGAUCCUACUCAUUUCCUUGCAUAUUUCUGGGCUCUCUUUCUGAUUCCAGCAUGAGCAAGACAGAAGAUCUUAACAUGGUCCUUCCCUUUCCAUUCAACAAGAAUUUGAGUUUAGAGCGAGGCGUCCUCACACAUAUUCCAGGUUAUUGCAGAAACACAACUGACCUUACUGUCUUUCUAGUCACCUCAUAUAGCUUAGAAACCAUCCUCGGCAUCCUGGGAAAUGUUUGCCUGAUUAGUGUCAUAGUCAGGCAGAAGGAGAGGACCAAUGUCACCAGCAUACUCAUUACCAACUUGAUAGUCUCUGACUUGUUCAUGAGCAUCGUCUGCCUGCCUUUCACCAUCGUCUACACCCUGAUGGACUACUGGAUAUUUGGUGAAGUCAUGUGCAAAAUGACCUCCUUCAUCCAGUGUACUUCUGUGAGUGUGUCAAUUCUCUCCCUUGUCCUCAUUGGUCUGGAAAGACACCAGCUCAUCAUAAACCCAACUGGUUGGAGGCCAAGCAUCUCCCAAGCCUAUCUAGGGAUUGUAGUCAUUUGGACAUUAGCUUGCCUCAUGUCUCUGCCCUUUCUGACGACCUCCGUCUUGACAUAUGACUUGUACAAGCAGUUCUCCUAUAUUACGGAUUCUUCUGCCGACAAGGCCAUAUGCAUGGACUCAUGGCCAUCUGACCAGCACCGACUCAUCUACACCACCACUUUGCUGCUGUUCCAGUACUGCAUCCCGCUCUUCGUCAUCCUGGUUUGCUACCUGCGUAUCUAUUUACGCCUGCAGAAGAGAAAGGACAUGUUUGAGAAGAGUGCAUACAAUGGCCGGGUGGUUCAGCUGAGGAGGAUAAACAUUUUAUUAGUAUCCAUGGUGAUCGCCUUUGCUGUUUGCUGGUUACCAUUGCACGUUUUCAAUAGCAUUGAGGACUGGGAUUACAAAGCCAUUUCCCCUUGCCACCACAACCUGAUCUUCUCAUUGUGCCAUCUAGUAGCCAUGGCUUCCACCUGUGUCAACCCUGUUAUCUAUGGGUUCCUAAACAAUAACUUCAAAAACGAAGUGAAGUUGCUGAUACUGAGCUGCCAGCAUAAUUCAUCUAGCCACCAGGGAACAGCUUCUGAAGUCUUCACUGAAGAGACUUCAGGAAGGUUAUUAUACAUGGAUGCUAAAAGCCACAGAUGGCUCCAUAGUCUGACUCCAACAUAUACACCAUAGCUUGCUGCUGUCCAAUUUUUGGAAGAACAGUCAUUGACUGCAAGGAAAGAUAAUCAGUAUAGAUAAGUGAGGAAGAUCAAAGGAGAUACUAUGUUGUAUGUAUCGAUGAGGUGGCACAGCUCUGAAAACAGACUUCACGCAAACAUGACAUAGGCACAAGAAGUUGCUUUGUUUCUAACUACUUAAUAGACAUCUAUGGUUGCACACAGACAGCAGAGUCAUCAAUUAAGCUGCACACCAUUAUCGCUGAGGAUAGAACCCAGGAAUUCCAACUCAAACACUUGAGUUAGUGGAACUUCUCCUCUGUCAGUAUUAGUAGGACACUUACAUGCUAUAGGCUGAGCACUAAGUUUACGAACAGAAUUACAAGACGGUUGCCUGCAAUUGCAGGGAACUGGACUCAGUGACCAGGAGGUUCCUUCCAGCCCUAGGUCCAUUACCAACCCUCUCUCACCUACUGUUAGGUAACACUCAUCUUCUCAGCUGAUGGGGUACACAGUAGUGCAUAUCCAGCAGAUCUGUGACACAUCUGUAACUACUCACAUACAGAUACUGGGGGUGGCAGUUAAACUUACCCAUGCAGCAUGGGGAUACAACCAUGAACCUGUCACUUCAAAACCCCCACAGGCUUCUCCUGCUUGAGCUUCAAGGAAAUCUCUGUUCAUGCCAGGGCUUCUCGUGUACCCUCCUUUGGCCAGCUUCUUGAUGGCAAUAUUCCAGAAAACUACACCACAUGGCACACUAAACUAGCACAAACCAGAACCAUGGUUCACUAACAAGGUGCAUCGAGACCUAGCGCCAUCUAUGGAUGACAGACAACAGUUGGAGGUGUUACUCUAUUCGUUGCCUCUGUUACCCCUCUCAGAGACUAUGCAGAUCACUUCCCUUUUCAGAUGAUGCAAAACCAACAAUCUCAGAUUUACAUGGGAACUUGGUCAGAUUGACUUGACUGUCCUUCUCCUAAGCCUCUAUGCUACUAAAGGUACAGUCACAAAUGCUGGUGCUUUAAGAUGUUUGCAUCAUUGGAGUCUUUGACAGAUCUCAGAUGGGGGACUGAGGUGACACUUAGCCAGUGUCACACCCGUUCUUUGUUUAGCAUCUCACUCUGCUCACAGGAUCUCUCAUGUGGAAGGACCAAAUGGCUGGGGAGAAAAGCUUCUGAUAUAGAAAUGCCAGCUGUAAUGAGCCGUGACACUUCCAGAGGAGUGAAGCACAUUUUGAAAAUAGGCACCAAGGCUUCGGUUUUCCUCAAGAAGAGAAAGGACCUAGAUGGAAGGAGUGAUGCCAAAACUGUGAAAAGUCUAUGGAAGAGCAAUGAAAAUACAUGAAGGAGAUUGAGUCACACACAUUAAAUCCAAGCCACAUGUAAAUCAAGUGUGUUGUCAACUGUGUCAUGGAAGCGAGCUUUGUGCUUUCUCAUGUCAGUGAUAUUUUUUACCCUUUGUCUGGGCAACUUACCUGCAAACCAUAAGAAACAUAAUACUCAUUCUUCAUUAGAAAAGAACAGUACAUCAUACUUCUGGAGUCUGAGUUACUCUCUUUAUCAAGACAUUGCUCUGCAGAUACUGCUGGGAAACCAAGAACCGGGUACUGACAAGAUGAAAGCCAAUAUUAGGCACUGCUGAAAGUAAAAGGCAAAUCAGAAAGGAGACCAAUACUUUCAUAUAAAAGAUACUAGGUCAAUUUAAAAGACCUAUAUGGGGUCAUGUUUUGUCAUGACUUGACAUCCUGUGAAAUCUCAUCCAAGUCAAUGGGCUUGCACAUGGUGGGAGGUAUUCAGUGCAGAGUCCUAGAAAUACAAUAGCUAGGUAGAUACCUCCCUAGACAAAGCGGUAGGUCCGGGCAGAAUUUGACCCAUGCAUGUUUUCCCUCAGAUCACAGCAUGUGGGACAGAUUUUGUGACUGCAGUGUAUCUGUAGCCAUGUCAGUCCAGGGUAUUACGGAGACAAGGUGGGUGAGGUCAUAGCUUUUGUGGGACCAACUUCUGUUGGUGAUAGAGACAAGUUCUGGAGCCACAGAACUCUUCUCCAGGUCACAUUUUGUGAAGACAGGAGCUAAACUAUCUCAUGCUACAAAAUAGCAAGAUCCAUUAAUAUCCAGUGGGCUAGAUCCUCAGGUGAUGUAAAUGGGAGCAGCCCAUUGAGUUCAAUGGAGCCAAGUUACAUCAGCUGAGAAUCUCACUCAUUGACGUCACUGGAAGUUGAAGAUGCUCAUCACCUUACGGGAUUAGCCCCCAAAUUCUUGACCAUGCCUGAACUAUCUGUCUGGCGGCAGCUAUCCUUUCGAUUCCAUUCAGAAUUCUGCGUGCUGCAGUCAGAUGACCUGUGCAUGAUUUCAUUUUGUAUCUUUACCUAUUGAUCUGGCAAUCUGUGAAAGACACACAUUUCUGCUCCUUCCCGAUGAGCUUUCUGCAAUAUUCUUCUGAUGUUAGUUGACAUGACAAUGAGGGGAAUUUGUUUCUUUUGAUUAGUGUGUAGAAGAUGGCACUUCUGGGCUAGAGGUUGAGUCCACUAGAAGACUUGGUACCCUUAUAGACCAAGUGGGCUCUAGGCCACAUCCCUAGAUCAACCUCGGUACAGUAACUGAAACCAGAAUGGUCCUAUCAAUCAGUGCUGAGAAGCACAAAAUAUAUUCAUUCUGACUGAUCUCCUUGACUUACCGGAACCUUGCAUAAACUGUGUUUUAUUCAAGGGCUUAAGUGGGAUUUGAGUAGUGGACUGGGCUUCUUCCUAGAGGAGAGUUUCUCCCAAUUAGCCUUGAGUAAUUCUGCUUGUUUCCUGCACUUGUUAGAAUCCUAAUAUUUAAUUAACAGCUGCAUGUCAAGCUCUGAUCACACAUCAGCACGGAAGAUAUCUGAUCUGUAACCGUUUGUAAAUAGGUGAUCUUGUACUCACCAGUCUGUUAAAGGGAACACCACAAUUAGUCAUGGAAGUUUUGCUACCAAGCAGAGUGCAUGUACAUAAGGCUUGUGUUUGUCACUGAUUAGCAUGAAAAGCUCCAAGAACAUAAUGCUAAGUGAAGCCUAUUUGACAGAGAACUUAUUAUAUGGCUGUAACUGUGAUACAUCAGCUCAGCUAUUUACAUUGUACAGUAUCAUCAAGUUCAAGCUGUAUUCUUAAUGGGUGGAGUUAGCUGUUGGGUCUGAUUCUCCUUUGCCCUGCACUUUGUUCAAUCAUUUACACCUGUGAGUGCAAAGCGCAUGCAAAGUCUAACAGAUUAGAGGGAGUAGCACAAGCCAUGCUAACACACACUGGCUUUGUCCCACUCUAGUGGCUAGAUGAAGCAUAGAGGUCUAUGAGUCUGCUCUGAGCUAAUGGACUUGGACUCAGAUUCUCAAAUGUAUUUAGGCUCCUAGCUUCCUUGGUCCUUUAGCUCAGCCAGUAGCAGGGAAUGCUUUUUGCUGCAGAUGUCCUGGGUUCAGUUCUCAAAACCACCCUCUUGGGGUGUCAUUACAGUAGUGUUUUAACUGACUCUGCACAGGUGUAAAUGACUAAUGAGGUUCAGGGUAAUGGAGCAUGGGGCCCUAUUAUGUUUGCUGCGUAUUCUAGUGAUGCUUUGGGAAAUUAUUACCAGCUUUAUUACUGUGAGAAUGGGGAGGACGUGUGUACAUGCCUUACUAAGUAACCAUGAGCUAUUAUUGUCACCAUUGUCCAUCUUGUCCUCUUGCCCCACUUUGUCAUUUUAUGGCCCCGCUUAUUGUGACACAAUGAAUAUAAAUAGUAAGCCUUUCAAGGAGAGGAUAAUAUCUUUACAUGUGUCUGAGAGAUGCCUGGCACACUUUGGGGACCCCAAAAUAACAAAUAAAAUAAUA